ACCUGCCGAGCUAGGGAGGAACUAAGAAACAACCUUGGAACUGGGGAACAUUAGGAACUAGCCCGGGUCUGCUCUAUCCGCGCCCCGACCACGUACAGCCGUACAAAACCAUCAACUGCGCAACAACGCCCUUGGUGCGCAAAACAUUAAAAUCUCACCUUUUCCCUCUCGGGUAUGCUCAUGUUCCGAUUUUGGAUGUCAGAUUCGAGGGGAAGCGACAAAACUUUACAAGUUGAACAGCCUAUGCUUGAUUUUAGCAGCAAACCGUUCCAGCCUUGGGUGUCAUCAGAGUCGCCGCUUACUACCGCGGCCGCCACAGCCAUCCCUACAACCCCGAGGCGGCGCAAGCAGAGCAACGUCGCGAUAGCGUCGCAACCCGUUGCUUCUUCACCCGCGCUCAAGCGCACGAGGACUGAUGAUGAUGAUGACAGCGAACGCCUCAGGGCGCGCAAGAAGGUGGCUUUGUCGUCGGUAAGGGAAGGGAGAGGGCAUGCACCGAAAUCCGGAUCGGAUAGGCCCGAUAUGGAUCGAGCUAGAGAUGCUAUCGAGCAACAGUUUAGUCUUGAGAUCUUACUCAAGCACGACGAGCUACGCUUGAUUAAUCAAGAACUUGCCAAAUGCCAGGUGGCUUUGGAGCAACUGCGAAGGUGUCAUCUAAUUCCGUAUCCACAGAACGUUCCCACUCCGGAACAAAUGGUGAACAUAAUGAAUGGGUCAGGUGCAGCCUUGCAGCCGAAGAUGGGCGAGAAGUUGCCUCAGUGGGCACCCCCCUUUGGCGUUACUGAAGGUCCGUACGCGCGGCACUAUGCCAAGUGGCUCAUACCCGAUCCCAAGUUCGACGGCAUCCAGCCUGAGGCCCACGUGCAAUCCGAGAAUUCAAGAUUUAGGAAUUCGGUAGACGGUAGAUCGACAAGAAAUAGUUAUGCUGAGUUAGGUGCGUCCCAGGGUAGAGGUCGACCGGUAAGGGGUACGGCGGGUCAGAAACUCCAAGCCUUGUCAAGUGGUUAUCCACCUCCCAAGGACAAGAACGGACCUUGUGUCCUGAAGCGAUCCGACGGGAAGACCGUAAAACUUGUGUGCCUUGACUGCCAUCGCGAGAACUUUUCGAGCACGCAGGGGUUUAUUAACCACUGCCGAAUAGCGCAUAAGAGGGAUUUCAAGAGCCACGAGGAAGCUGCAGUGCACUGCGGCCACCCUAUCGAGGUUACCGAGUCUAGUGGUGCUGUAGGAGAAGAGAAACCCGUUGUGCAGAGUGCACCUCCGUCCGGUCUUGUCCAUCCGUUUGUGCGGGAGAAGGCCAUGUCCGAAUCAGAGGCUUGCUUCUCAGUUGUGCGUCGUAUCCAGGAAUCAAUAGAAAUGUACAACCGGGGUCAGCUACGCGGUGUUUCGUCGAUUCCCGGUGAAUCCAAGAGUUCUCAGCCGAAAACCUCUCGAAGCGCACCAGCAGCAACUAAACAGCAGCAGAACUUCUUACCUUCAGCUGAUUCACCACAUCUGUCUCGCUUGCUUCAGAGCAGAGGAUUCAACGGCAAUCUAGGCGAGUUAGUCAGUGAAGCUAAGGCUAAGAUCGACCUCGACCAAUUCUUUUCCCCAGAUGAUGAGUUGGAUGAGGUUGAUACGGGCAGUAAUAGCGCCGAAAAUGCCGCUGCGCAUCAAGCACCAUCUCUUGUGCGAGUCCCGGUAAGGGCUACGAUGUCGCCCGCUGUUGUUGCAGUUCGGCCACCUAGUAGCAAAGGCCACCCUUCGCAUAUUCCUUAUGCCACCCCCGUCCCAACUCCGACUCCCCGAAUCAUAUCAGCUCCUCAGACACAGAUGCUUGUAGAUGACGACAUAUUAGACGCGGAGUUAAGCCCACACACCGCCGUCAGCAAUAAUGCGCCGUCUCUUGUUAGUGACGAUGGGGAGUAUGAUGACUCGGAAGCCGACUCUGAGAUGGAAUCAGAUGUCAAUGAUAGCAUCGGGGCACAGUCUAUAUCAGAUGUCGACGAAAUUGAUAUCGACGAGGAGCAUAGCGGCGCACGUUCUAUUCGCCACCAUCGUGGCUCUACCGAUGCAGGAUCCGGGACAACAGUACGCCUACGCAAGGAUGACAGCAAGCAUGUCACCUUUGUGAGCCCCAUCAAGGGGAAUGGAAAUGAACACCAGAGACGGGGUCGGAGGUAGGAUACGAUGUCCCUAAAAUGGAUUACAUGAUGAAAUAUUUUGGCGCGGACUGGUCGGUUGGCGGUCAAGGAGUCGUGUCAAAUGAGUUGCUUUUAACGUUGGACUAUACCGAAUUCGUUUAUGAUCACUUUUACUAUACACCUUUUAUUACACGAUUGCAUUUUCGAAAUUCCUUUUUUUAUCAGAGAUGUAUCCUGAGGAGCACGUCCUCUGGAGACUCAUGCGGAACAUAUUUGUUAGGCUACGAAGUUGUUUUGAUCAGCGUUUUAUCACGGGAGCACGGCGGCGUCGGGUUGAUAGGGGUCAAUUUGAGAUUGGUAGAGGCUAGAGGGCAUAUUCAGUGCGAGAGGAGGCACUGACGGUUUUGAUAUACCUAUCCUCCACAGCGCGCAAGCCAGUUAGCAGAACAAUUGUUUUUACGAGAGCUUGCGAG